CUUUCGUGCUCUGCAUUUCCGCUCGAUUUGGUCCUCCGUCUUUUCGAUUUCUGUUUCUUUUUUCUCGCUCGGUUUUCUCGGCCGGUUCGUGGUCGGUGUUGCGGGUUCGUGUGCGUCGUUUCGGCUCUGAUCACGGCAGAGAUCGCGGGAAUUUUUGUGCACCUCGCGAGUGAUCGUUGCCCUUUCAUGGGUCCCUGCGAGUUCCGAGAAAUGGAUUGCCCGUCGUAAUCGCUGAUCAUUGGUCUUCUGCUUUGGCCGGGUAGUGUUUGUUUUUCCAAUGCUUUCCGGGCACCGAAAGUUUGAACAUUUGGAUUCUGGGUGCACGGUUUUCGGGAGAAGGUUCUUGUUGAAAUCUUGCUGGGUAUGACUCAUGGAUGAUCUCAUAAGCGAUCUGCCGCAGAGUAUUCUGGAAAGCAUCCUCACUCGACUGCCGAUUAGGGAUGCUGUGAAGACUAGCAUUUUGUCUAGGAAAUGGAGGUACAAAUGGGCUUCGAUUACUGAACUUGUAUUUGACAACGAAUGCGUGAGCUCGUCACAUGACGAGAACGUAGUUGAGGGGAGUCUCGUGAAAUUCAUUACACGGGCUUUGUUUCUCCAUCAAGGGCCGAUCCAUAAGUUUCAGGUCUCCACGCGCUACUUGCAGAGCUGCCCCGAUAUCGAUCAAUGGAUACUUUUCCUUUCGCGCAUUAGUGAUGUCAGAGAAUUGAUUCUUAAGUUAGGGGAGGAUGAAUGGGUACGGAUACCCUCGUGUCUUUUUUGUUGUAAGAAGUUGACUCAUUUGGAGCUAUCUUGUUGUGAGUUGGAUCCACCCCCUCGUUUUGAGGGAUUCUUGUAUUUGAGGAGCCUCAGUCUUCAUCGGGUCUUGGUUGCUGCCGAUGCUAUUGAGAACCUCAUUUGGAAUUGUCCUCUUCUUGAAAAUUUGGCAUUAUCAUACUUUGAUGACGGUCUUGCUAUUACCAUCCGUGCUCCAAAUCUUAAGUACUUGUAUCUGGAGGGCGAUUUUACAGACAUCUUCCUUGAAAAUACUCCUCUCCUCCUUAGCCUGUCAGUAGUUAUGUACAUGACUGACGACGUGGCUGAACACUUUGAGCUUGAGCAAAGUUUGAAUUGCAACUUUGUGAAGUGUCUUGGUCGUGCACCUCGUCUUGAAAGUCUCACAGGACGUGCUUAUUUCGCAAAGUAUUUGAGUAUAGGUGGUGAUCCUGGAUCACUCCCCAUCACAUUUGAUCAUCUAAAAAUCAUUGAGUUGUUUGAGGUGAGCUUCGAAGACAUGACAGAGGUUCUUGUGCUUCUGCGGUUGAUAACAGGUUCUCCUAAUUUAGAAGAAUUUCUCAUUUCGGUGGUUGCGAGCACAUCACCUGCAGAAGCGCCUGAUUCUUCAGAUAUUUGGGAGAGGGAAUGCCGUGCGGAUUGGACAUUCAAACAAUUGAAAGUAGUAAAGAUGACUGAUGUAAAUGGCGUACCACAUGAGAUGGACCUCAUAAAAUUCUUGCUUCGCAACUCUCCGGCGCUCAAGACGAUGACUAUAAGCCCUUCUACAUAUUUUAAGCAUGAUAGAAUGGAUAUGCUUAUUCAGCUGUUGAGGUUUCGCCGGGCUUCGUCUCAAGCGGAAAUCAUAUUUAUUCAAGAAUGAGCUUUAAACUAUGUCUUGUACAUUCGACACAGUUACUUAAUGUUGGUUUGUUUUUUCUCUGAGAAGAUUGGGUUUCUGCUUGGAUCCAUUCUUGUCUGAUCAUUAGAUAUUCUUUGCAUUCCUUGUAUAAAGUGAAUAAGCACUUCAAACUUUCUAAUUACAUGACUUGGAAUCAAUUUUUUUAUUCUUUUCA